AAUGUUAUAGAUCCUAAUGGAGAAUGUAGUCCAGAUUUAAGAUUAAGAGGACAUCAGAAAGAAGGAUAUGGAUUGUCAUGGAAUCCUAACCUUAAUGGAAAUUUAUUAAGUGCAUCUGAUGAUCAUACAAUUUGUCUUUGGGAUAUAAAUGCUCUUCCUCGAGAAAACAAAAUCGUUGAUGCUAAAACAAUUUUUACUGGUCAUACAGCUGUAGUUGAGGAUGUUGCCUGGCAUCUACUUCAUGAAAGUCUGUUUGGUUCUGUAGCUGAUGAUCAAAAAUUAAUGAUUUGGGAUACACGUUCAAACAACACAAAUAAACCAAGCCAUACAGUAGAUGCUCAUGUUGCUGAAGUAAAUUGCCUUUCUUUUAAUCCAUACAGUGAAUUUAUUUUAGCCACUGGUUCUGCGGACAAAACAGUUGCACUUUGGGAUCUCAGAAAUUUAAAAUUGAAACUUCAUUCAUUUGAAUCUCAUAAAGAUGAAAUAUUUCAAGUACAAUGGUCGCCUCACAAUGAAACAAUUCUUGCUUCAAGUGGUACAGAUAGGAGGUUACAUGUGUGGGAUUUAAGUAAAAUUGGAGAAGAACAGUCUGCUGAAGAUGCUGAGGAUGGUCCUCCUGAACUCUUGUUUAUUCAUGGUGGUCACACUGCAAAGAUAUCUGAUUUUUCUUGGAAUCCAAAUGAACCUUGGGUGAUAUGUUCUGUAUCUGAAGAUAAUAUCAUGCAAGUUUGGGAAAUGGCGGAGAAUAUCUACAAUGAUGAAGAACCAGAAACUCCAGCAUCUGAACUAGAGACAACUUCAUGAAGAAUGUGCUAAGCAGAACUGUAAUGCGAUUACAUCUUGCAUUUAUCUGGGACAUGUCUUUCUGUGGCACAGUAUAUACCUAGUCUAUUUCAUUACAAUAACAGAAUUUGAAACAUAGCAUAUUGUCUUUCUGUUGUUGUUAUCAAAGAUUUUUGUCUAAGAGAUAUAUUGUUUGAAUAAGAAUUUGUUUUUUAAAGAUGAUCAGUUUUUUAAAAUUUAUUUAAAUCUUAUAAAAUGUUAACUAUUAUCUGUCGAAAUGUUAAAUCGUUUAUAAAUACAAAUUUUUAUGAUUCAAAAUUCAGUUUUUUUUCUACUGAUGUUUUAACAUUGAGAAAAUUGGCUUUAUUAUGAAAACGUCUUUCAAUCCCAAAAUCAAAUCAAAAUUUUCUUGUAUAUUUCCAACGCUCGAGACCUAUCUCUGUAAUAAAUGCUAUGAAACUUGUUCCAUCAAAAGUUUUUGAAAUACAACAAAUGUGUAUAGCAUUAUUUGUAAAUGAUUUGACUUAACAAAACGAGUCAAUAAAUGUUUUCAUAUUUGUUGAAAUUUAAAGAGAAUAGGAUUUUUACGAUAUCAGGAUGUAAUUUAUCAAGUAUUUGAUGGAUCAAAAAAUGUUUCCAAGUACGCACUCUUAACAUUUAACAAGUUUGCUGCAUAAUUAUCGGAUUUAAAAUGCUGAGAUUAUUUUAUUUAGGUUGCACCGAUUUUUAUUUUUUAGUAAGAACUAUUUGAGCAUUAUGUAUGUAAUAAUGUCAUAUGUGAAGUGAUAAUUAAAAUAUUUCUUUUGUGUUUGAUAUGUGUAAAUGUGCUACAUGCAGCAAACAGGUUAAAUACAAAAAAAAAAAUUAAACAUAUCAGUUAGACAUCUGAAGAUAUCGUUCAGAUCUUUAAACAAAGUGGUCUUCUGUGCCAAAU